CGCCUUUCUUUCCCGCAUGGAACAGCCUUGAAAAGCUCACACCCACCCACCCAACUGUCACCAACACUGCCUCAAAAUAGACCUGCAUAAAGGCCAUGCAGCUUAUUAGACCGUAACGAUGCCUCAAGAAGGCAUGACGUCAAUCCGGUACCGCUCUCUCAACCGAGGCGAAAAUGAGGUGCGGCUACUCGAGCUGCAGCCGACCUCAACCAACAACAUCAACGAGCAGGUCGUGUGCCGCUUGGUGCAUGAGAGCAUAAGCGAUUCGUCCGAGUUCAUUGGCCUCUCGGCGCUCUACGGUGAUAUCACCGUCACUGAGUGCAUCGUGCUUAACGGCUCCAGGGUCGCAAUACCCAUCACCGUCGCCGAGGCGCUGCGAUACGUGCGAGCCGUCUUUCUAUCAGCAUCACCGCCAACUCCAGACGGUUCUACAGCAGAUCUUCAGCCCCAACAAAGCCGGAGCAAACCACAUCCGCCGCUGCCCCCCAAGAAGCCGCCCAGCUGGCUCCGCUCCCUCCUCAAGAACGUACGACACAUCUUCGCCGAGCCGCCCAAGUCGGGCACUACGCGGCCCCCUCUGCGCAUAUGGCUUGAUUUACUAUGUAUCAACCGGCGGGACACGCGUGAGGCAUCCGAGCGGCUCUCGCAGACAGCACUCGCAUACCGCCACGCCAAAAUGGUAGUUGGCUGGUUGGGGCCAAAAGACCCGACUUCUGAUCUCGCCAUCGACAUCAUCCGCGCGUGGGAUAAAUGCAUGCCUCUCACAUUCGGCGAACCGGGUGACCGGGAGCUCCACCCAGAGGACUACGCCCCUAUCAUGCAGUGGAUGGGGCCCGUCGCUCACUUGAGCGAUAUUCCCGAAGGCAUUACAGAUGCGCGUGAAGUGCCGAGCUACAAGGCCGUCUCGGGAUUCCUCAACAGGCCGUACUUCCGAAACACAUGGAUCCUCGAAGACAUGGCAAAGGCCCGGUUCCCGGCUUUCCUGCUGGCCGACGACAUCGUGUCCUGGAUGCAGGUGUUGAGGCUCAACCGUGUCAAUGAGGACAUCAAAGACCACGGGGCCGACAUGUUCCCAGAUGAACUCAGGCCGUUGCUUGAAUACAUGCCGCUCGGCAGUGUCUACACAUUUUUGAAGGAGUUCGAUGCGCACCAGAGGCUGGAGGGUACUACACCUGCGAUGCUUACUACCACUUCAAGCUCGUUAAGAAGCUCGUCAUCGAUGACGGGCUGGAAAAGUCGGGCUGGAUCCAACUGAUAAGCAAGUCUCCAGGUUCAUGUCAGGAGUAUGGUCAGGGUUAUGCUAGGGAAUGUGGUUAUGAGUCAAAUCUGAUGACGGUUAUUGGUGGCGUGGAGGGAAUCAAACUUGAGCCUGUAUUUAUCAUGAUAUAGAAAGUUAAACUGUCUCCAUCCGGGCUGAGAUCAACUCUCAAUCUGUUGCAAGGGGCCUCGGAGCAUGGAAGCCUCGUUUAUGGGAGUGUUUUGGGUUCUUCAAGGAGAAUACGUUCAAUUUUAGAUAGUUAGAAUUAUCCGGAGAUGUAAGAAGCCGGUGGCCAUUCCAAAUCUUCAAUCACGCUCAAGCAUCACAUCUUCCCCGAACAUUUUGUAUCAAAUCAUCCGAGGCAUCUCAC